UAAACUAAUCCACCUGCAGGGAUGCAUGCACUUUCAUGGACUCACUCAUUCCACACACAUGAAUGACAACAGAAGGCGAUACAUAUUUUGAAAAACAAAUACAAGAAAAUGAUGUCAGAUAUGCAAGACACACUGCUGCUGGGCUUCGAGGGCAUCAAGAAGAACAUCCAGCAUGGAGGGACUGGACAAAUCCCAAAGUUCAUCACUGGUGCAAAGGUGACGUUUCACUUCCGCACCAUGCUGUGUGACGAUGAGCGCACGGUGAUUGAUGACAGUAAAGUGGUGGGCACCCCCAUGGAGAUUGUCAUUGGCAACAUGUUCAAACUGGACAUCUGGGAGACUCUGCUGGCCUCCAUGAGGAUCGGUGAGGUGGCAGAGUUCUGGUGUGAUACCAUUCACACUGGCAUUUAUCCUCUGGUGUCCAAGAGCAUGAGGCGCAUCGCAGAGGGCAAAGACCCAGUGGACUGGCACAUCCGUACAUGCGGCAUGGCCAACAUGUUUGCCUACCACACCCUCGGCUAUGAAGACCUGGAUGAGCUGAUGAAGGAGCCUAAGCCGCUCUUCUUCGUCCUAGAGCUGAUCCAGGUGCUGCAGCCGAGUGAGUACAACAGAGAGUCGUGGGCUCUGAGUGACCAGGAGAGGCUGAAGGUGGUGCCUGUGCUGCACGGUCAGGGCAACCAUCUCUACAAGCAGGGCCGCUACCAAGAGGCCACUUUGAAAUACAAGGAAGCCAUCAUCUGCGUCAAGAACGUCCAGACAAAGGAGAAAGCAUGGGAGGCUCCAUGGCUGAAGCUGGAGAAGAUGGCCCACACGUUGACACUCAACUACUGCCAGUGUCUUCUACGCAUGGAGGAGUACUAUGAGGUCAUAGAGCACACCAGUGACAUCAUCAACCAGCACCCAGGUGUAACAAAGGCCUUCUACCUGCGUGGAAAGGCCCACGUGGAAGUGUGGAAUGAGGCCGAGGCCCGGCAGGACUUCAGCAGGGUUCUGGAUCUGGAACCUGGCAUGAAAAAGACGGUGAGGAAGGAACUGGCGGUGUUGAACAUGCGCAUGGAGGAGAAGAACCAGGAGGACAGGGUCAAGUACAAGGGCAUGUUUUGAGCUAAACAUUCAUUUCUGGACCUAUUUCACCAUGUUUGAGUAGUGUUCCCUCGUUUAUCGUGUGUGUGUGUGGGUGGGGGUGGGGGGGGCAAAAUAGCCCACAAUAAGUGAAAUCUGCAAAGUAGCCAACUUCAAUUUUUUUUUUUUUUACAAUUAUUGUAUGUUUUAAAGCUGUAAAACCCCUCACCAUACACACACAGACAAGAACAUUUUCUCACAUUUCUUUCAAAAAAGUUCAAACCUUCAUUUGAAUUUUAAUGAUCAACCUACAGGUUGGACACAAGAAAUUAUUAAGUCACUCACGCGUAUGUUACCGUGCCUUUUCGUCCUGGCGCCCUUGCACUGUACUGUAGUGUUUUUGUAUCCUUGUUAAAACAUAUUGCUGACGUUCCAUUUACAAGCUAGCAAGCAAGCAAGCCAGCUAUGACACAGAAAACACGGUAGGGCACGAAGGAGAUUGAUUGACAAUGGUCUACAGCCAAUCAGGAAGCAGAAAACAAUGGGCGGUGCAGACUCGUCUGUCUGCAGAGACACUCAACUUCCCACAAUGCAAUUCUUCUUAAAGGGCAGGCUCGGCCUGUAACUACCUUCAUGCUGUAAUUUAAAAAAAAAAAAAAGAAGCACUAAAAAUAAUCUGCGAAACAGCGACUCAACGAAGGUUGAACCGUAAUGAGCGAGGGAACACUGCAUUUUCUUUUCCAUUGUUACUGCCAUGUGUCAUGUGUAUUUCAUGCAUUGAAGUUUGUCCUUUAUUCCACGAGGUGGCACUGAAUCCACUUGUACUGUCUUG